UUCAAGGAGCAGCCGCUAACUUAGCAUCGAGGCUCGCGUUCAAAACAUGCUCUGAUUUUUUUUACAGCUGGCAGGUUUGGAGGACAGAGAUGGCAGUGUGUGCACUGACCAUGUUGGACGGGAUGGAGGAGGAGGUAAUGGCGGCGGGUGGCGUGUUGCUCUUGGUCCUGGCCCUCGCCUUAGCUUGGCUCUCGACCCAUGUGGCAGAUCGGGGAGACCACAUACUGGGCACCAUCCUCACCGUGGGCGCUCACGCCUCUCUCAUCAGACUCGGGGACCAUGACAGCUACAGCGGAGGUUCUUCCAGCACCGAUACGCCUGAACAACAGACUCCUCCGCCUUCGCAGGAGAACAAGCCGGACGACGGCGAGCCCGGGACUGAGAGAGGGGAAAGUGAGGGGACAGGGGAGGGAGCUGAGGGGGUUCGGACAGAUCUGCUGCUGGACAUACGGAGCAAACAACCACAAGCUGGAAGACUACACACUUCUGAUGAGGAGGAUGACGAGGUUGAUGAGGAGGAGGAGGAGGAGGAGGAGGAUGACGACGAGGAGCUGGAGGUGGAAGAUAAAAAGGUUAUAAAGCAUAUCCCAGUGUUGUCCAGCAGCAUCUCAAGCACCACCACCAUCAACACCAGUAUGACCACUUCCAUGUCCGUUCGACUUAAGUUUUUAAAUGACACAGAGGAGCUAGCUGUUGUGAAGCCGCAGGAUACUGUGGCAGUACUGAAGAGUAAAUACUUCUCAGGCCGGGAGCAUCAAAUAAAACUCAUCUAUCAAGGCCAGUUGCUGCAGGAUCCGAAGAGAACUCUCUUAUCCCUAAACAUCACACACAACAGCGUGAUUCACUGCCACAUCUCCCAGGCCCUGCACGAGGCCGCCCCAGAGGAAGGGGCUCAGUCUGGGCCAGGAGCAGCAGCCGGGUCUGGCGUCUCCGGAGGAUUCAGGGCUGCAGGUGUGGCCAUUAGCACCAGCAGCCUGGUGGUGCCCGUAUUUGUGGUGAUACUGGCUGUGGUUUGGUAUUUUCGCAUCAACUACAGGCAGUUCUUCACCGCCCCUGCGACCAUCUCCCUCGUGGGAGUCACUGUGUUCUUCAGCUUUCUGAUAUUCGGGAUGCACAGCCGCUGAAAAAAAAAAUGCAGAGAAGCUUACAGCUGAAUGUUGUGAGGUGAAAAAUAAAAAUAACUAUAGUAGUGGGUGGCGUCUGGAGAGACGGACUAAUCAAAAGCGGCCUCGUUGCAGAUGCCGCAGAUGAUUGGAUUCCUGCAGGGUGUGUAGGAGGUUAGUUGAGCCUGUUUGGGCAUGUUUAAAAAAAAAACAACAACAAAAAACAGAUGAGUGAUUGUACAGUUAUGUGUGGGGUCAACAAAAAUCUGAGUCCCACCUAAACUGAAUCAUAAUUUAGCUUCUCUUCAAACACGACUUAGUGGUUUACACCAUGUGAGCAACCCUCUGGCUUUCUAUCGUUAGCUCUUUUAUUGUUGCUGGGGAUUCAGAUGUUUUCCUGUUUUUUUAAUUUUUAUUUUAUUAAGGCCACUGUUUCUGUGUUUAAAAAAAAAAAAGAAGAAAAAAUUAACAAAUAGAUAAAAGAAUCUAAAACCUUUUGGAACCACUCACUCUUGUGCUGUGUGCGCCAGUUGAAUUCUUUAUUUUGCGUUCAUUGAAUGAAACAAGCUGUCUGUAAGCAAGAUACAAACUGUACAGCUGCCCUCAGUGCAAAGCCGAAAAAACGUUCAAUAUUUUUGUUGGUCCAGAAAUAUUGCUAUGUAGAAAUAGGCUAAUUUAAAUAAUCACUAGACAUUAAAAAAAUAGACACUUUUUUUUGAAAAUAUAUUGUAAAUAUAUUGUGUAUUUUCUGUAAAUAAAAUGAUAGAAUGAAUCAGAUGAACCUGCAUCUGGCACUUAAAGAUUUGGAGGGAACGGUCGGACCCUCCUGAUUAUGCUGGACUGCUCUGGCUUCAGUGAUGUCUCAAAUUAAAGCAUUUAAAA